AUGGGACCAUCCUUUAUCCCUCUAUCCCACAAGGUUGCGAAAGAUCCAAUUGGACAUAAACUUGGCUUGAUUCUGACCAUGACCAUGUCACUGCUUGAGUUCACCAAGAAUGUCUCACAGCUCACCAUCUUAUUAUACUUUGCAUCGCUAGUUUCUGCACAUCCUCAUCAUGGGCACGGUGGUAACUCGGAGGCUCCUAUUGAUGCUAUCUUGUGGAUACACAUUGCUGUUCAGUUGGUUAUAUGGGGUGGUAUUUUUGGGAUUGGGAUGGUCUUAGGAAUUACUCGUUCGAAAUGGCACGUUCCCGUUCAAUCCUUCGCAUACCUGAUGACUGCUGCCGGUUAUAUCUUGGGUCAUUCACACAAGGGUCGCUCGUUUGCGGAAUCUGCACAUGGAAGGGUCGCCAACUUUAUACUGUUCCCACUUUCGGCCCAGUUGGCCCUGGGUAUUUACCUAAAGUUACAUAUUCACGAGCAGACUAUUAGACCAUGGGCGGUUGUAGCUCAUGGUAUUAUCGGCAAAAGCUGGCUUGUGAUCGGAUGGACACAAAUGUUGCUUGGGGUCGUUGUACUUCGUGGCUAUUGUGGGAAAGAAGAGCUCGGCCAAUGCCUAGCCCAUUACAUUAUGGGCUCUGCAUUUAUCGGGUACGGCGUUUUGCUGGCAGUUGUCUUGUUGGCAGGUGGUGGGCGCAUUUGGUACGGGAAGCGUUGGCGUGAUGGGGGUAAGGGUGAGAAAGUGGUUAGUCCUCGGAGUCAAGAAUGGUGGGAUGGAUGGGUAAUUAUGCUCUGGGGCAUCAUUAACACGUUCACCGAACAUCAUGGCCCGUUGAACAAGUGGAGUCAUAAAGACAUGCAACACACUACCCUCGGAGUGAUUUGGUGGGCUGGAGGGGCCUUGGCUGUCUUCCUUGCACGUAAUGGGAAGCGUACAGUUGUACCUGCUUUGAUCAUUAUCGUUACCGGCUGGGCGAUGUCUUCCCACAGUCAAGCCAUGGAAAUCAGCACCAAGGUUCACGGCAUCUUUGGGGUCGUUCUUAUGUCGGCUGGAGCAGCGCGCAUAAUCGAAAUCACCUUCGUACUCAAGGAUGCCGCAUCUAUUUCUGAUGACGAGUCUACCAGGCCCAGUCGGAAUGCCAAACCUGUUGAGAUUCAAGCAUUCCAGCAUCUUCCCCCGUUUCUACUUGUUGCCGGCGGUAUUCUGUUCAUGUCUGCCACUGAUGAAGAGCUCAAGGCAGUCGAGGGCAUUGAGAUGGAUCACGUCACAUACAUCCUGUUGAUGCUUAGCAUCGGGUUCGUCAUCUAUUUGUACGCCAAUCUCCUACUCCAUAUCUAUGCUACAUCGGGCCGGAACUCCACGGGCAAGAAGCAGUCUGAAUCGACCGCAGGAUAUACCCCCCUUGCUCUUCAUGUCAAUUCUACGCUGGCUCCUAGCGCUACUACGCCAACCACAGCAUUCACGCCGGCGCCAGCGUAUCCUGGAAGGCCCAUGGGUAUGGAAGGAGACGACGUUUACAAAAUAACCGACGAUAGGGACAGCUUUGAAGAAGAGGUGGAGAUGGAUGAGGUCCGAGCCAGCGAACAGGGCCGAUUAGCACUUAGGUGA